CAGCCAUAUUAUUUUAUCUUCCCCUAUAUAUAUAUUUUUUAAAAGCAAAUCACUCAAAUUCACACAUACUCACACUCUAUGAGUUCAGAAAAUGACGCGCACGCUUGCUCAACCAAACGCAAAAUCGAGGCAGCUGACCCACCUGUCACUGUGCCCAUAGAAUCAAAGUCGCCAAAGAACCCGCGGCGUGCAGAUAAUGCAGAGACAGGAGAGAUCGUGGUUUGCCCGUUGUGCCAGGCCACGCUGUCACACCUAUCAGCUGAGAAGGCCGAGCUGCACGUCAACGGGUGCCUAGAUGUGGUGGUUUUAGAGGAGAAGAAGGCCAACCGGUCCAGGCGGAGUAUCACCGCAGCACUGCUGUCUCCAAAACUCGCUUCAGCCAAGGAUCAGAAAGUUGCGCAGUCCUUCAAAGUGGAGAUGCUGGCUGCAACGACCGAGAAAAUUUCCCAAGCCUUAGACCAUUUAGUAAACAGCAGCAGCAUCGAAGCCAUGCUUCGGGAGAUCGAACUGGUCUCUUUUAAGCCCGAGUCUCCGCCCCAGGGCGCCUACACAUACGUUUAUGAGCUUCCUUCCGAUAGUGUCACUCGGCAGCCAGCAAUGCCACCGCGCAGCACUAACCCUAAGCGGCAGCCCAAGCCCCUGCCGUCGUACAAGCGAAUGCCCGGAACAACCUUUACCGUUGACGCAUUCAAGUACGGUAUUCUGGAUUUUUGCACCGCAUACUUCCUCACGCAUUUCCACUCCGACCACUACGGCGGGCUCACCAAAGGGUUUACAGGUGAUAUAUACUGCUCACGCAUCACCGCAAACUGCAUCACUGCAAAGUAUGGCACUGACCAAAGCCGGAUCCACGCCAUGCCCAUGAACACCAGGUGCAUUGUGCAAGGCGUGUAUGUGACCCUGAUAGAUGCCGAGCACUGCCCAGGCGCGGCCAUCAUUCUGUUUGAGAUUCCGGGAGGUCCUGGCAGCCAGCCUACUCGCAUCGUGCACACGGGUGAUUUUCGGGCGUCAAGGAGCCAUGUGUACCAAAUACUCAAGGUAUUUGGCACUGACCUUACUGUGCCAGUGACGCCUGAGCUUUUAGACUCGGCGACAGACAGUUUUGAAAGUAAUCUGUCAGACAUGCACGAGAUGCCGGUAAUUGACUAUAUUUAUCUCGACACGACGUACUUGGAGCCGACUUACUCUUUUCCCAAGCAAAGGCAAGUCAUAGACACUGUAGGUCGCUUUUGCCAUGAUAUAUAUCGAGAUCCGGGAUACUUACCGAGCCAUUUGAACAAUGUCCGUAACAGUACAAAACAGUCCGGACAACUGAACCAAAUCGACUCUGAAAACGCAAAUACACUCCAAUCGCCAGCGCCACCAUUGGCAACAAAGAUAUCGCUGAUAACACAAUGGUUCCGGCCGCUGCAGAGGCCAUUUGCGCCAAAGCUCGACAGCACGACAAUCGCGGUCACUAAUUCUGGCUACAAGAGAAACAACAUCUUGUUUGUUGUCGGCACAUACACAAUUGGCAAGGAGAAGUUGUUUAUCGAGAUUGCUUGUCAAAUCCAGUCCAAAAUAUUUGUGAGCAAGGACAAGCGCAAACUGCUCGAGUGCAUUGCGAGCCCCAGCGUUCUGGCACUGCUCACGGACAACAUGUAUGACGCCCAAGUCCAUGCUGUUUCUCUAGGCAUGAUCAAUAUGCGCGGCAUGGCUGAAUACUUGGCCUCGCUUCAGCCCAAAUCAAAAUUUACCAGCAUCGUCGCCUUCAGCCCAACUGGCUGGUCGCACGCGGGGCCAUACAUCCCAGGCCACAGGGAGACGCUGUCCCCGAUAAUCCCCAAAACACCGUCUGCUGCCGAGUUGGACUUGGUUUUGAAAACAGGAUCUGUCGAGGCCCUUUCGAGUCUGCUCGCGCACUCGGCGCACACUGGCGACGACAAGCAGCGCUUUGGCUUGGACAAGCUAAAACCCCGAGGCUCGUCAAACAAAGUGACUAUAUUUCCGGUCCCUUAUUCUGAACACUCUUCUUUUGCCGAGCUCGCGCGCUUUGUUUGGUCAUUGAGGGCAGGGCAGGUCAUCCCAACCGUGUUUUCUACCAGCGACAAGAACUACCAGGCCAACUGCUGGCUGCGUCACUGGCACGAACUCAAAACCUUGUCUGAAUCCCGAAUUUGCCAGGGCAUCGAUGGGGCAAGCACAGCCAAGCGCAGUCAUUGUCUUCAGGUAGCCAAGUUGGACAUGCUGCUAGAAUGAGAAAAUGUUGGAUAUAACGUAAACAUAUUUAG